AAGACUAAAUAUAUAUUAGUCCUUGAUUACACAGUUAACUAAACUACAACCUUCCAAACAUAUUUUUUCAAUUUCUCACACACUUUCGCCUUACAACUUUGUUGAUCCUAGGAAACGUUGACUAUUUAUAUACUUUAAUGCUCUUGUUUUGUUUUAUAUGGUCUCUGACUUACCAUUUGGAAAAGAAAAACCUCUUGCGAUCUAGACUCUCAUUUGAACUUUGAAGUCUCUUUCAAAAGAAGCAAGAUGAGAAUGGAAACAUCACGAAGGUUAUUCAAUUUAUGUUCUUUACUAAUGUCUACACUUUUUGCAUACUCAGCCUCUGUUCAAUUAAAUGACCCUGAUUGGUAUUUUUGGUUUCCACUCUAUUCAUGCGCCUGCCUCAUUAAUCUCACAAACUUCAUCAUAACAACCAAACUCAACAAAUCAAUCGAAAGAAUUGUUCUAUGGGUUGGAAUAUUGUUGUGUAGCAAAGUUGUGGUUGAAGAUUUUUUAUAUGAAAUAGCUGGGUUUUGGUCAUUGGAUCUAAGUGAGAGAGUUGUUAGGGAGAAAAUAGGAAGCAUAUUUGUUGUCAUAUCCAUAAUCUUGCAGAUGGAAGCUGCAUCUAAUAUUCAUAAGGAUAUUUCAAACAUUGUAAAAUAUGGGAUGGUGAUCUUGGUUGUUUUUAGCUACAUGUUACCCUUUGUCUUCUUUGUGGUCCUAAAAGGAGAAAUUAAGUGAUAUACAGUUCAAAUCCAAAAGAUAUUAAUUUUAUUUUUGUAUAUAUUGUUUAAUUAUAACAAAGUAUAUUGAUACACAACAUUAAUGUUAUUUAAUGUGAUAUUGUAAUUUUCUAUUAAA